UAGAAGUCCAUCAUCAACAACAACAACAAUCCCAACAACAGCAACAGCAACUUCCAACCAGCACUUCUACAAUCUCCUUCUACCACACACUCUCCAACUUUCGAACCACCAAACCAACACCCCCAAACCACAAAAAUGCAGUUCACCACCACCUUCGCCGCCACUGCCAUCAUGGCCCUCACUGCCUCCGCAGCAUCCAUCCCCCAGCCCAUCCCUCAAGUCACCCUCCGCAUCUUCAACGACCAAACCGGCGUCAGCGCUGACACCACCGUCCCCGCUGACGGCACCGUUGUCACCAUUCCCGCUCGCUUUACCGGCAGCGCCCUCGACAGCGGCAACGGCAACAUCCUGGGCACUUCUGCCCAACUCGUCCAGUUCGAGGACACCACUAAGUGCAAGCUUGCCAACCUCAACAUUCCCAGCUGGAUCAUUGAGCUUGACGGCCGCGCAAAGAACUUUGCUGAUUUGGACGGAGAUGUCACCAAGCCUGUUCCUACCUGGCUCAAUGGAUUCCAGUUUUCUUGUGUCAGGGCUUAGAUUGUGAGCGGAGUCUAGGACAUGAGACAACGAGAUUGAGAGAGAGAAAGAGUAGGCGAGCACAGGGGGUUAAGGGGAUAUGAGAGGUAAUGGAUGAGAGGAGGACGGGCUUCUUAACGAUUGUUUUGUAUUGCUUUCCUGGUUUUCUUCAAUUCUCUGGCGGCACGACUAGGAUGUAGUUUGGGGAUGCGGCUUGGAGAGUUUGCUUUUACGACAGUUUCCACACUCCUUUAGACAUAGAUAUUAGAAUAUAGAAUACACGCGUUUCACUU